UCUCUCUCUCUCUCUCUCUCUCUCUACCCACUUUUGUCACCAUGGGCCGCCUCGCCAAGCACCGCAAGCUCAAAAAGUUUGACCUGUACAAGAGCGCCCGCAAGGGUCCGACUCCUCCGAGCCAGAGAGAGGAGGAGCAACUGCCGCGCAGUCUGCGCAACCUCAUGCGUGCACAGCGUGAACACAAUGGUGGUGGAAGCACAACGCGCACGGACAGCGACGGUGGAGCGGGCAAGGCUAGGGGCGGCAAGGGCGGCAAGGGCGACAAGGACAACGGAAAGGGCGGAAAGGGUGGCAAGGAUGAUGCUUACUCGCGCGAGAACUUGUUCUACGCCGCGUUCAAGGCGGCGACGAAGCGGAAGCAGAAGACCAAGGCGUACUUUGACAAGAAGAAGGCCGAGAAGGCGGCCGAGGCGCAGGCACGGGCCGAAAAGGACGCGCAAGUGGCCGAGAAGGCGAGCGCACGGCGGAACAAGUACCGCAAGGCUGAAGAGAAGGCGCUGGAGCAGGCCGAAGCCGAGGCCGCGUCUGUCCUGCGCGGAACUAAUGAGGCCGAUCUCCAGCUGAGCGCCCGUGAGGAGGCCGAGGUUGCCGAGCUUGAGGAGCUCAACGAGGCGCGGCGGCAACUGGUCCACGGCCCAGACAAAGAUUUUGACGACUUUGUCGACGAUGUUGCCUUUGGCGAGCACGCGCAGACCGUUCCCAAGCUCAACAUCCCGACCAAGUGGAAGACGCGGGUCUCGGAGGCCCGCGAGAGUGAGGACUCGGCCGUCCACCGCAACGUCGCAAUUGUCAACUCGGCGCUCGGUGCGGCAUCUGAGGAGCGGAUGACGCAGCGCCAGGCCCGCAAGCGGCGCCGAGCCGCCGAGGCUCUCCGCAUCGCCACCCACAACGAGACCCAGGCUGCUCGUGCAGCUAUGGAGUCGGAGGAGUCAGCUCGAGCUGCUAAGCGCGCCAAGCGCGAGCGCUCGCGCGCAGCGAAGAAGGCUGCCAAGGCCUCGCGCAAGGUCGCUCCCGAGCAUGUCCGCUCGCAGGUCCAGGCCCAGUACCGUAUGAUGCGCCAGCUGCAGGCCCAGCGUCGCGCCCUUGGCCAGUAAACGUUCUCUCUUGCACACA